ACCUGACUCAUCCGGGGCAUUACCCUUGCGCUUGACAGGAGCCAUCUUCAUGGCAGAACUGGGCAGGAACAAUUGACUGCUCACAGCUAGUUAUUGUUUGUUUCCCCCAUCAACUUACACACCGUCGAUGUGCAAAAAAAUCAAAAUUUCUCAUUUAGGCCAAGCGUCGGCUCGGCAUUAAGCACCGCCUACAGCCGCAGUGCAAACUGCCUCACCGCCUUCUAUUUCCAGUCUAGUGUAUUCACCUUAACUCUUCGCCUUGUGCACGGGCCAUGGUGACUAAGCACCGCGUCGCGGGAGCGCCAAGACCGACACGUGCACGCUCAGCCAUUAUUAUUACACUACAUUGUAUGGAAGUGUGUCGCGACGACGUGCAGGGCUGACGGAGCCUCAAUAUCAAAACCUUUUCUCGUGAGACGUGAAAAUUCCAACAACUCCUCCUCUUCCUGCGCCAGCUCCAGUCACCCUCCAGCCGCCUUUUACUAAUUAAUAUUGACUUCAAUGUGUUAGAUUUAUAUUCCUACACCAAUACAUCCGAGCUAUGGAAUCUGUUCCUGGGUCAUCCUCCUGCUCCCUAUAUGUCAGGUCUGACCCCCCCGAAGGAUCUUCUCAGGACACGAUUCCAUCUUCUCCUCCCAAGUUCAAUGCUCCACAGAUACCCUCAUCGCCUCCUCGAACAAAGACAAAAAAGCCGCCUCCCGUCACGCCUAGAUCAUUCAAACGGUUCUUUACCCCACGCUCUAUACUGGGGGCUCUCUCGAGCGGAGGGAAUGACCGCCCCAAUCGCCACAUAUUGAAAGACAUAUGCUCCCCAGCUUUGAAUCGCCUUGGGCCAGCAUUUGCUAGGAUAUCGGAUGGACCCCAAGAUAACUCGGCUAAAUCUCCUUCAACAUAUGAUGCCUUAUCAACUCCCCGCAAAAAAAGGAAACUGUCGUUCUCUUCAAGUCCCCCACUUCAAUCCUCUCCUUUGAGAAGAGUGCGAAUUGCGCCAUCUAUUCUUCACAAUGACAUAGACUCGAGUCCGAGUAGGCCAAAUCUUCAUGAGAUUGGGUUCGAAACUGAACCCCAAUUGGAGGUGCCUAAACCCAAACAACGUGCCCCGCCGCCCGCACCUCUGCGGCGGUCUCAUGUUCUUCAAACCUCUGGCCAGUUUUUUAUGCGCAGUCUUUCGGAUAAUAGAUCGAGGACGAUAACACAUAAAUAUAACUAUGGUAAUGCGUGGCGGGAUGAGGUUUCCGACUUUUAUAGCUUAGCUGAUGACCUUCAUCAAUGCUCUUACAGAGAUCAGAUGGGAGAACGUCUCACGCUACCAUUUUGCACCGUUUCUUGUCACACCAAUUCUCUGGUGGCGAUUGGGGACGAAGAAGGGGGUGUUCGGCUACUAGACUCAGCUAAGAACGAGAAACCUGGCUUCUCAAAGACAUAUCUGUCAUUUCAACCACAUACAAACUCCAUUAUGGAUCUAGAAUUCUCCUCGGACGACCUACUUCUAGCCACUGCAUCUGGUGACCAAACCUGCCGAAUAAUCGAUAUGCCCACCCAAACCCCAAUAUAUUGCCUGUCGAAACAUACUUCAUCUGUUAAACGCGUGCAAUUCCAGCCCGCUUCCAAUAACAACGUUGUUGCAACCUGUAGUCGUGACGGCAGUGUUAAUAUUUGGGAUCUACGAUACAAGGCCUUUGAAAGGCCAGCGAUGCAGCUACGCUGCUCUCUUGCAUCGGACAUAGACGACUCUGCAAGGGCUUCCAUUAAAAUGAAGUACCCCCAGGUAUCCAACAGUAUCUGGCCAGCGCAUGCGGAAAAGCCCAGAUCGAAAACUGGCUCGGAAGCAGAAGCCCUAGCUCGUCGAGAUGACAUAUCAGUUACGUCCAUAGCAUUCCUGCACCCCGGCCGUGAAAACCUUUUCGUAACGAGCAGCGAAUCAAACGCCUGUGUGAGACUGUGGGAUCUACGAACCACAUACUCUUUACGACGCAAAACACCUGUUCCCCUGGCCAUCACCAGGCAGCCGGAAAGCCACGAAAAAUACCGCCAAUUCGGGCUAACAUCGAUGGCCUUCAGCGGCGAUGGGAGUAGACUCUACACUCUAUGCCGAGAUGGCAGCGUUUACGCAUAUUCAACAUCCCACCUGACUCUAGGGAGCUGUCCGGAAAUGGUAUCAUCUAGCUCAGGCUUCAAACGCUUCCCAGGCGACGAAGCCAAACCAGGUCUAGGGCCUUUAUACGCCUUCCGCCAUCCACGCCUCCAAGUUGCCACGUUCUUUGUCAAACUCGCCGUCCGCCGAGCAGGAAAUGACAAGAGCGAAAUGCUCGCCGUCGGCAGCAGUGAUAACUGCGCCAUCCUCUUCCCCACUGAUGAACAAUAUCUCGCUUCUCCCUCCGCCACGUCCAUUGUCAACACCACACCCAACCAAACAUCUUCUCGGCCACAACGCCGCCACAACCUACGCAGAUCCCAUUCCAGCAGCACGGGCUUAUCGGGGCGUUUGGAAGAUACCAUCCCGAUAUACAAUCACGGUACCGCCCUAAUUGAAGGCCAUAGGAAGGAAGUAUCGGGCGUUUCCUGGACGCAUGGCGGCGAGCUUAUCACCGUUAGUGAUGACCUGCAUGCUCGAUGCUGGCGAGAGGGUCCUGCGGCGCGGGAACUAAGGGUUGUGGGGGACAGUGAAGGCAGAAGAUGGCAUUGUGGAUGGGCAGAUGUUAAGGACUCGGGAGAUGAUGAGGAUGAGUAGAGAAAGUGGAGGUCAUUGCUACAACUGCGGAUACUGCCUAUGUGCCUUGGGGAGUCGCUUUUGCCUUUCCGUUUUCAUAUUAUUUUAUUGCAAAGUUAUUAGAAGCUGUUUUGCUAGCCUGGAUGCCCUCCCUGUUGAUUUUUUGGUUGUUCAUCCUCAUUCUUCCCUACAUUUCCAAAAGGUGAAGGGAAAACAUAAGUUAAGCGUGCAUUAUCAUAACACACCACUUUUUAACAAGUUAAUUAUUCUCUACCCUAUAAAUUCAGUAGGGUCUUAUAUGUACCGUCAAAAUAAAGGACUUAGAUCUCAGAAGAUACGGAAAAUACGGGAGGAGAAUCCUUUGGCAGGACGGAAAAAAAUUAACUUCUAAACAAUCACGUUUAACGGCGUUAAGGUCUUUCUUUGUAAAGGCAUAAAACUUUUCUUUGCAUCCUUUUCUAAAAGUUAAUAAAAUGGACAAAACAAAUAGGAAAAGUUAUAUGGUAUCAACCCAGCAAAAAGUUUUC